GUGCCACACGGACCUGCACAUGCGUGACAACGACUGGAACAACGCGACGUACCCGUUAGUAGCAGGCCACGAGGUGGUGGGCAUAGUGGAGCAGGUCGGCGCCAACGUCACCACGCACAAAGUCGGCGACCGCGUGGCCUACGGCUGGCUCCGCGAUUCCUGCCGCUCGUGCCUCUCCUGCGUGCGCGGGGAGGAAAACCUGUGCGCGGAGGGCUACACGGGGCUCAUCCUCAACGGCAACAAGGGCGGCUUCCAGCCGCGCCUGCGCGCCCCCGCUGACUUCGCCAUCAAGCUGCCCGAGGGGUUGGAUUCGGUUGAUGCCGCUCCUCUCAUGUGCGCUGGCAUCACCGUGUACAGCCCUCUGCGUGCGCACAUCACCCGCCCCGGCAUGAAAGUGGGCGUCAUCGGCAUUGGCGGGCUGGGCCAUCUCGCUUUACAGAUCGCGCGGGCCAUGGGGGCACACGUGAGUGCCUUCUCCACCUCGCCCAGCAAGGAGGAGGAGGCCAAGAGAAUGGGCGCGCAGCAGUUUGUGGUGUAUGACGCCCAGGCUGCGCCAGGAAAGGGACAUCCGGAGGUGCCCAAGAGCGCGCACGUGGAUGUGCUGGUGAACUGCGCGCCUGUGCUGCCUCCUCAAGGCGAUUACAGGAACUUCAUGAGCCUCCUGAGGCCCGAUGGCACACUUGUCCUGACCGGGAUUCCACCAGAUGCUGUCGGGCAGGUGGGCCUGCUGGAUCUGAUUUUCGGGCAGAAAAAACUUGCAGGAUCGGUGGUGGGCGGGCGGAUGCUGUUGAAAGAAAUGUUUGACUUCUGCGCUGCUAACAGCAUCAAGCCCGUGACUGUGACGCGCCCGCUGUUGCAGCUGAACGAGGCUAUGGAUGAGGUGGAAGCUAUUCCUCGCUCACAAACUCACCAUCCCUCCCAUCAUUGCCUCUCACCUACCUUUCAUCUCUCUCCCUCUCCCCUCCCUCUUACCACUUGUUACAGACGCGUCCACUGUCGCAGCUGA